CCUGCGCCUUCAGAUCACAAAAGAAGCCGCGACCCUUGCCGUGACACGUACUUUAAAAGGGCGCUCAACGAACCUGCUUCGGAACUCGUUGGACAGUACACCGUUGUGAGUAAAGCUGUUUCACCACGCCACCAUGGAGUGCCCCAAGUGCAGCUUCACACAUGAAGUGUUCAAGUUCUGCCCGUUCUGUGGGGUAAAACUUCUGAGCCGAGCGGGAGGGGAGGGGCCAGGGCCUCCGGACUCAACGGGAUAUCAUAACUCUCCUUCAGCACCUUCAACAGAAGAAGACAAGAUGAUGACAGAGACCGACAGAGACAAGGACACAACAACUCCUACUGCAGACAACUCCAGCGAGGACGGUGCUGGUGGGUCACCAGCGCCACGUGAUGAACAACUGGCAUUGCAAAAUAGUCAAGUUGUCACAAGCUCUGCCAACGCUGCUGAGCACCAUGGACAUGACAAAAAUUGCAGACCUAGUACAGAGCUGGACAAAGUCCAAAAGGAAUCAGCUUAUCCUUCUACUGAGGGUCAAGGAGAAGACGGGGCCAAGGGGCCUGGUGCACAAGUAGAAAAGGGGGAGCCUUGUGCAGAAGGGAAGAAAGAGGAGCCUGGUGCACAAGUAAAGAAAGAGGAGCCUGGUGCACAAGUGGAGAAAGGGGAGCCUGGUGCACACGUGAAGAAAGAGGAGCCUGGUGCACAAGUGAAGGAAGAGGAGCCUGGUGCACAAGUGGAGAAAGUGGAGCCUGGUGCACAAGUGGAGAGAGAGGAGCCUGGUGCACAAGUGGAGAAAGAGGAGCCUGGUGCACAAGUGGAGAAAGAGGAGCCUGGUGCACAAGUGGAGAAAGAGGCGCCUGGUGCACAAGUAAAGAGAGAGGAGCCUGGUGCACAAGUGGAGAAAGAGGAGCCUGGUGCACAAGUAAAGAAAGAGGAGCCUGGUGCAAAAGUGGCGAAAGUGGAGAAAGAGGAGCCUGGUGCACAAGUGGGAAAAGGGGAACAUGGUGCACAAGUAAAGAAAGAGGGACCUGGUGCACAAGUGGAUAUAGGGGAGCAGCCUGGUGCACAAGUGAAGAAAGAGGAGCCUGGUACACAAGUGAAGGAAGAGGAGCCUGGUGCACACGUGGAAAAAGGGGAGCCUGGUGCACAAGUAAAGAAAGAGGGACCUGGUGCACAAGUGGAGAAAGAGGAGCCUGGUGCACAAGUGGAGAAAGAGGAGCCUGGUGCACAAGUCAAGAAGGGGGGGGCUACUGCAAAAGUAAAGAAAGAGGAGCCUAGUACACAAGUGAGGAAAGGGGAUCCUGGUGCAAAAGUGAAGAAAGAGCGGCCUGGUGCACAAGUUGGGAAAGGGGAUCCUGGUUGCCAAGUGGAGAAAGAGGAGCCUGGUACCAAAGGGAAGAAAGAGGACCCUGGUGCAAAAGAGAAGAAAGAGGAGCCUGGUGCACAAGUGAAGAAAGAGGAGCCUGGUGCACAAGUGAAGAAAGAGGAGCCUGGUGCACAAGUGAAGAAAGAGGAGCCUGGUGCACAAGCGGAGAAAGAGAAACCUGGUGCAAAAGCGGAGCAAGGGAAGCCCGGGGCCACACAGAAUGCUGAUGGAAAGAAAACGUGCAGUGAAACUGACAAAGACGUAGAAGGGAAACAUAGACACAACGAGAAAACUAAAGAGAAAUCCAAGGGUAACGGAAGUCAAGAAAAGAUGUCAAAAAGCCAAAGGAAGAGAAUGAGAAAGAAGGCGAAGGCAGAAAAACGAAAAAACUUAGCGAACCCUGCUAAGAAGGAUGGGGAUUCAGACAGACAGAGCACGGAAGCAGACGAGACAAAAUCCCAGCAUCAACAAGACGAAGAAGAGGUAGACACUGACCAAAGAGAAGAGGAGGAUGAGACGGGUGCUGACAAAAUGAUGAUCUAUUUCCACGUCCUUCUUCGACCAGGCGAUUUCAAAUACGACCCAGACCAACACCAUGUGGAAGUGCGGAGCAAUCUGACUAAAGGAUCACAAGGCUUUACAACGCUUGUGAAAAUGUCUACUAUAGGCAAAACCAACGACUUUUUGGUGCUCGAGGGACAAAAGGCGGUGUCUGCGGACAAGGUUGUCGGAAAGGCUGUGGAGUACAAGUAUGCUGUUGUAAAUGAUAAAGCAAAAGGGAAAAACCAUGUACAGUGGGAGUUCAUUCACCGAUGGGUAUCACAUGGGAUGAUCACAAACCGCUGUCUGCUCAUUCCAAAAGAUCGCGCUAAUCCUGGAGGUGUCUGGCACCAGUACAAUGACUUCAUGCUGCCCGAGGAGAGCACAGGUCGAGUGAUCUUCAACAGGGUAAAGAAGGCUUUUGGGUUGGAUAGAGCUGGGCUGAUUGAGGCUAAAACUGUAGCGAUUCAAAUGUGGCUUCCUAAAUGGCGCGGCCUCUACAGUGGAGACGACGCUCGUCACGACGGGAAGGCAUCGGACGCCUUGUCGCAGAUUGACGACGUCACUCGUGGAAUAGGAGGGAACUUGAUAAUCGUACAAAACACACAACCGGAAGUUUGGGACCCCUACGGAUUCAACGUGAAUAAAGUCAUCGAAGCCUACGUGUCGAGAAAAUUGGACACAUUUCACCUGGCGUCGGAAGAAAAGCAAUGCCCAACUGAUCGCCUGGUGUCCGCCCUAGCCAUCACUUACCUGAUACGGAAGUUUGGCAUCAAGCUCUGUAAAGAGAGAGAGGAAGUUCUCUUUGAAGCCUUAUCACUGACAGUAGAUGUAGAGAAGAUGACGUGCCAGGGACUGAAGGAAGUAUUCGCCCACUUCGAACCGGAUUACAUCAGGGAGCUGCCCACGGCUAUACAAUCUCUCAUCAAUGGCGCCUUGCUUCAGGCGAAUCCAACUCCAAAGUGGCUGUUGGCCAUCCCAAUCUACCAUUUCUUAAGAGGCGACUCACAGCCCUUUGAACAGCGUACUGAAGACGCCAGGGUUGGCAGCGCUGCGUGGUUCGGCUUGGGAGGAAUCAAUUUUGACAAACUGAAGACAAACGCGAAGUGGUGCAGGCCGUCCAUAAAAGACUUCCUCAACAAUAUCAGCGAUUUGCUGCGUUGCGAUCCCCUGCUAUGGAGGACAGUUGCUGCAGUUCUUGAAUUGAAGGAACUUGAAGCAGUCUGCGGAACGAGAAUUUUUACGCCUUCGGAAUCAAUCGCCGCCCUUGGCUUAACCAUUCGACGACAAGCAAGUCGUGGGCAUUUACCGACGUCUGACCAACAGGCCGCUUGUCGGACAAUGGAACAGAUUGCUGUCCAGUGUAGUGAGGAGUCUUUCUGGAUCAUGUAAGUGAAGCGUUUCUAAAACAUGUGCACACGUACACACGUGCAUACAGCCUCACAGGCACAACACAUACACAUCGCAUAAAU